UUCGGUGCAAAGAAGUUGCUUGCCAAUGCAAACAGAAACAAUAACCCAGAUCGGCGCUUGGCUGUAUCAUUGUGAGGGUUGAGGCUGAGACAGACUGAAGAAGAUUAUUUUGUGCUGAGAGGAAACUGGAUCACAUCAAAUGCUUCACUGAAGAAGAGGAGCAAGUCCUUGGGUUAUUCUGCAGUUGAAGAAUGAAGGGUUCCAUUGCUCUGAUUGUUUCCUUCCUAGCUGCUGCUGCCUCGCCCAAAAGAAUUCUCUUUAAAAAGCAGACGCUCCAAUCAUCAUGCGUCCGAUGCUGUGGUCCUUUGGAGAAGCCGAUGCAUCUGUAUGGGCUGUCAUCUAGCCAGAGGGUGGCAAGUGACCAUCCCACCUACACCAUUCCUGAGAUCAAGCCAAAGAUAGACAUGACUAUACUAAAAGGCUCCAAAGGAGAGAAGGGGGAGAGAGGAAUGCCAGGAAAAACAGGAAAAACAGGACCCAAUGGUUCCAUGGGUAUCACUGGCAUCAAGGGAGACAAAGGACAAGCAGGCAUUCCAGGGCAUAACUGCAAACAACAUUAUGCAGCGUUCUCGGUUGGCCGCAGGAAGGGCAUCCAGAGCAAAGAGCUCCAACCUCAGCUGAUUUUUGACACUGAGUUUGUCAACCUUUACCACCAUUUCAACAUGUUCACUGGCAGGUUCUACUGCUACAUCCAGGGGGUUUACUUCUUUAACCUCAACGUGCACACCUGGAACUUUAAGGAAACAUACCUCCACCUCAUGCGCAAUGACCAGGAGGUGGUGAUCCUGUACGCUCAACCCAGUGACCGCAGCAUCAUGCAGAGUCAGAGUGUCAUGCUGGACCUAAGUGAGAAUGAUGAGGUGUGGGUGCGCCUUUACCAGGAGAACAGGGAAAACGCUGUUUAUAGUGGUGCAGGCGAUAUCUACAUCACAUUCAAUGGCUACUUAAUCAAGGCAGCAGUAGAGUCGGAUUAGAAGGGCCGGCCGGCAGUGCAUUGUCCCAUUAUUCAGACUAAAUUAUGGUGAAAAUCAUGACAUCAUGAGGACAGGUUCUAUAGAUGAGACUGUAUUCACUUGAAGAUUAAAGGGCAAUCUAAUUGAGGUGUUUUAGAUGAUCAAAGAAGGUGAUAGGUUGAUAGAGAGAAGCUAAUUCCUUUGGUAGAAGAGCCCAAAGCAAAGGGGGUAUCACCUUAACAUGAGGAUUAGGUCAUGUGGGGGGGAUGUUAGGGAGUAUUUUGUCAUACAGAAGUUAUUGAAAAUUUCACACAUUCUACCCCUAAAGGCUGUUGAAGCUGGGGAUUUAACUGUCAAUUUAAAAAUAGAUUGAUGCAUUUCUGUUAGGCAAUGGGUAUGGAAGAAUAUAGAACCAAAGUGAGUAGAAGGAGCUCAGGAAUAGAUAAACAAUGAGCAAACGGAAUGGUGGAACAGGU